AUGGGACUGCGAGGAGGGCGAGGCAAAGGGCGAGGGGAAGUCGUAAAACGAGGGCAUUGGGGAAGAGGUUUUGGUGGGGGUAAUUUGCUGGUGGAGGUGGGAAUAGGAGGGGCAGAGGUGGAUGGUGUUGUGAUGGCGGCGAGGGUGGGGAAGUGGUCUCUGGGAUGGAAGGGAGCUGGGUUGGAGGAAAGGGAUCAGUGGGCCAAGGCCCAGUAG